UUGGACUUAAUAUUGUAAACAAAAAUAGGCUCUUCAUGAAAAAUUAUAAGCAUAUGUUCAAAUAGACAAAUCAAUUUACCCUCCAAUUUUAACCAUUUAGGGCGUCCACUAGAGCUAUGUGGCGACAUAAACAUCAACAAACGACAACAAGCAGUAUCAGAUGUUUCAAGUGUAAAAUGAGAAAAGACUAUUGAUGAAAAAAACGUCUUUUGUCUUAUUUUGUUUUCUAUGUCUUAAUUAGAAUUAAUAAUUUAUUUUGUUUUGUUUUGCUUUCACUAGAUACUCAGCCAAUGUCAUCUUGUGAAUGUAAUGAGAAUGGCUCAUUUUCAACAGCCUCAUCUACUACUCCAUGUUCAUCGCCACCUCCUUCACCUUCUCCAUCAAAUUCAUCUACUCAUUCAAGUACCUCGAAAAAUCCAGUAAAUAAUGUCAGUCUAAUCACCAGUGAUUCCUCGACAACCGAAUUUCAAUGCUGUCAUCAUCCCAAUUUACUUGAACUGUUUGUCCUCAGUGAGUCAGGCAAGCCAAUUUACUCGUACACUGCCAGAGAGGACAUUGUUACCUUAUUACCUUUAUGUCAAGCGUUGAUCAAUUGUUUCCAGGAUGUACUGAAAGAUACUAUUCGUUUUAUUAUAACCAAAUCGGGGUUGAAAAUAAUUUUUAGUCAAAGGACACCAUUAAUAUUUGUAGUAGUAACCCAUGCAUUUUCCGGAAUUGAUGGUAAUUUAUUAAUCAACCAGAUUCAUGCUCAAUUGGUUUCUGUGAUUACUGAAAAAACCUUGAGGUCAGUUUUCGAGCAGAGAGCAACAUUUGACUUGCGACGGUUAUUAACAGGAAACGAAAAAAUGGUUCAUAUUCUGGUUGAACAAGGUUUUAUUGGUAAACCAAUUGUUUGUCGUCGACAAGGCCACCAAAUUAUAUCCUCAUCAUCAUUAGAAGAAUGUGCAAUCAAACAUUCCUUGUCAUCUAUGUCAGAAUCAUCUAAAGAAUCUAAAAGAAGAGAUAAUGUGAAGACAUCGUUAACUUAUGGUUAUAUCUCAUCGCUGGCCAUGCCUUUGUCAUCACCUAAACAAAAUCAAAACAGAUCUUCACCUUCCAGUGGGUCAACUAGCUAUCAAAUUAAUUAUCAUCGAUCUUACACCAACAGAGCUUUAAUUCCUGUCUAUCCAUUGAAUCAAACAGUUCGAGAUUCUAUUACCAACGCAAUAAACUCAAGUAUAGCAUCUGUAAAAUCCAGAAUUGCUUUCGGACUGCUUUUAACGGUUGAGCCAUCUGACUAUUAUUUUUCGGGAGAAUCUGAUUCUGAUAGUUUCCUCCGUACUUCAGAAGAUGAAUUUCCAUCUACAAAAAUACUCUCCGUCUCUAAUUAUAAUAGUAAAUACUCCAAAUUGAGUCCUCUUGAUAUGCAAUUGAUUCAAUGUUUGGUAAUGGCCUCUGAAUCACAAUUGAAAACGGUUGAAAGUUUAUGGUUACCAUUGUGUUUACCUCGAAUUGAUGCUUCAGCCUUUAUGCAUGGACACAUAUCUUACCUUAAUCACAAUCAAGAGACAACUUCACCACAAUUAUGUUUGGUCUUAUUAACAACGGAUAAAGAAGAUUUUCACAACUGUCAAAUGGUCAAAGAUAAUUUAGGAGAAAGGUUGAAUAAGAUAAAAUUAGCUCCACCACCAUUUAGUGACCUCAACAUUCCUUGUCUGCAAUAUUUUUGGUACAUGACUUUACGUUCACAGUCAAUAUUUCGAUCAAACCUUCCUCAAUUCGAUCCCGUCGUUCAAAUUAGCCCUUUGAUUCACUUUGUGGCUCAUCGUAUGUUAUCUUCACGACUAAAAAUCCUUUGGCUUCGAAGUGAUCGACAUAAAGUUAUAAUACUUGGCUGGCAUUCACCAACAUUCCAACUGUAUGCUCAACUAGAACCAACAACAACCAAAUCAAUGGGUCUAAAUGCUGCCCAAACAAUUAUAAAAUGGAUAAAAAAAGAAGAGGACAAACUCUUGCUUCGUGAUUAUUAAUUAUUUGGUAAAUUUAUUACCUUUGAUUGACUUUUUAUUAGGUUAUAAUAACCUUACAUGUUUUACGUUUAUUUUGCUGCAAGACUCAAAUAAAUUAUUAAAUAAGUAAAUUUGUGACAAAUAUA